AUGAUCCUGUGGCUCCUGAACAAGUUGUUUGGGACGGGCGACGUGUACGAGGACGUCUCUGAAGAGCUGCCUUAUGAAAUAGGCGAUAGAGUAGGCGGCGGCACGUUCGGGAGCGUCUUCGUCGCGACGCGUGAUGAGAAGAAGGUCGCGGCCAAGGUUUUACUGAAGCGCGUGAUCAUAGAUGAGGAUAGGAAUAUCGUCCUGCCGCGGCGCGCCGCUUCUCUUAGGGAGGAGGUCGCUAUAUCAAAGGAGCUGGGCGGCAAGCACCACUGUGUUUCCUGUGAAGGUUACCACGAGGCGCCGGACCGGCUCUACGUCUACUACGAACUGAUCACAGGGGGCACGCUCGCGGAUCGACUGGAAACGGCCCACUUCCACGCGCGGCGCUGGGCGGCGCAACUGCUCGACGCGGUGGCCUGGUGCCAUGCGAAGGGCAUCAGUCAUAGGGAUAUCAAGCCCGAGAAUAUACUCAUGACGCGCGUCGAGAAGGGGGGCAACCGGGGCUGGCGGAAGUUAAAUAAGGAUGACGAGCCGGAGUGUGACGUGAGGCUCUGCGACUGGGGCUCGGCGCGGCGGCGCGGCGCCUCGGUCAACGAGGCGGAGAUCACGGGCUUCUGGAGCGCGCCCGAGGUCCUCUCUGGAAGGUGUUCAGAUGAUAUGAGCGCGGACAACUGGUCCGCGGGGCUCGUCGUCCUGGCCAUGGCCGCGGGCCGGCCCUCGGAGGCCGACGUCCGCGAAUUGCAUAGAGGCGGCCUCGCGGGCGCGGAGCACUUCCGAGCCCGGGUCCUGAAGGUGCAGCCGCUCACGCACGACGCGCGCGCGCGCGAGGUCGUCGCGGAAUUGUUGGAUCCGGACCCGACGGCGCGCCUCGCCGCCGGCGCGGCCCUGGACUUCGAGUUCGUGCGGGGGUUUGUUGCCUAA